AUGGACGCCGGUGAAACUUCAGCGUAUUACGACACGCGAAGCCGAAGGAUAGGCAUCGACCGCGAGGAAGCAACGUACCUCUCGUCCUCAUCAGGGAAAAGCACACAGGAUGCAGGUCUGAAGCUACAUCUCGAAGGAAUCAGGUCUCAUGCUUUUGAGCUGCCUAAUGGGACAGAAAAACGAUAUGACGAGCUGCUACGACAGAUCGGCGAUGCGCAGAUAGUGAUGAUUGGGGAGGCGACACACGGGACGCACGAAUUCUAUGAAGAACGAGCCAGGAUUACCAAGCGCCUCAUUGAACAGAAGGAUUUCUCGCUGGUGGUGUGCGAGGCAGAUCUGGUUGACAUGGCACGCGUGGAUCGCUACGUCAGCGGCGCGUCGGCCGACGGCAGCGCGGCCGCGGCGCUCUCGGGGUUUAAGAGAUACCCCCUGUGGAUGUGGCGGAACACAGUGGUGGAGGAGUUCCUGGAGUGGGCCAGGGAGCACAACGAGAAGGCGCUCUCGAAGGAGGAUUCAAAAGGAAACGCGGUCUCGAUUCACGGGGUUGACCUACACGGACUAUACAAGUCACUAGAGGCAGUUAUCCAGUACUUAGAGAAAAAGGACCCCAAAGCAGCGGAGCGAGCGAGGCGGGUCUGCCGCGGCCUUGCCGCGUACGCGCCCGACCCGCACACGUACGGCUUCGCGGCCUCCGCGGCCGGCGGCCGUCCCGGCUGCGAGCGUGACGUCAUGUGCUUACUGCGCGACGUGCGCGCGAUGGGGCCGCCCGCGGGCGUGCGCGCGGGCCGCCACCGGUGCCAGGACGACGAGUACUUCUUCGCGUUGCAGGUGAAGGACGGAGCGCUCGCUUAUGGAAUGUACUUUCCUGUCUUGCUCCCAGAGACAGAAAAGUUCACAGCUCUGGAACUUUUCUGA